AGAGAAAAAGAGGAAACAGAAAACGCGCGACAGAUUUAUUUCUCUCUGAGCGAGGAAGUCACAGCACUUUGGCAGAUAUGCAGAUAAAAGUUUAUUCUGCGACGCUCUCUUUUCUUGCGUUGGGCGAACUUCAGGUUGUUGCUCUGUUGACCGAUCUACAGACAAGAGACAAUGCUGUGUGGUAGUAAUUGUUUUCUAGUUUCGGGAACCGUGCCAAAGGUGCCCGUGAUUUCGCCAAAGAGCGGAUGCCCGUUCGAGAAGUCGCUACUAGAGGCUUACGUUGCAGAGAAUGGAGUUGAUCCUGUAUCAAACGAGCCGUUGACGAUGGAGGAAGUUAUCGAGGUCAAAGACGCGGCGGUGCCAAUUGCGCGGGCACCCGCGCAAGCAAGUAUCCCAUCUCUAAUGCAGACGUUCCAGAACGAGUGGGACGCACUGGUGCUCGAGACUCUAUCGCUACGACAAGAGCUGCUGAAGACAAGGCAGGACCUGAGCACAGCCUUAUACUACCACGACGCCGCGGUGCGGGUGGUCGCACGGCUGACGAAGGAGCGCGACGAAGCCACAGAAGAAUUGAGCCGUUUGACUAGUUAGUUAGGAUCGCGAGGGGCUGGUUAAGAUACCGGGGGGCAAACGUGCUGGAUCGGGUGGGUCCCGAGCGUCUGGGCCUCUGGAAGAGUGUAGGAUAUUACUGAGAAAGAAUUGACUAAGCAUGCUUGCACAUAUGAACAGAGCAG